AUGAGUGUUCUGGAUUAACCGCAGGUGGUGCGUUUGUGCCAGAACCCGAAGCUGGCGCUGAAGAACAGCCCGCCCUACAUCCUCGACCUGCUGCCUGACACCUACCAGCACCUCCGGACCAUCCUGUCGCGCUACGAGGGGAAGAUGGAGACCUUGGGAGAGAACGAGUAUUUCCGGGUGUUCAUGGAGAACCUGAUGAAGAAAACCAAGCAGACCAUCAGCCUCUUCAAGGAAGGGAAGGAGCGCAUGUACGAGGAGAACUCUCAACCUAGGCGUAACCUGACCAAGUUAUCCCUGAUAUUCAGCCACAUGCUGGCGGAGCUCAAAGGUAUUUUCCCCAGCGGCCUCUUCCAGGGGGACACGUUCCGGAUCACCAAGGCAGACGCUGCAGAGUUUUGGAGGAAAGCUUUCGGGGAGAAGACUAUCGUUCCCUGGAAGAGCUUCCGCCAAGCCUUGCAUGAGGUGCACCCCAUCAGCUCGGGGCUGGAAGCCAUGGCCCUGAAGUCCACGAUUGACUUGACGUGCAAUGACUACAUUUCAGUGUUUGAAUUCGAUAUCUUCACGCGACUUUUCCAGCCAUGGUCCUCUUUGCUCAGGAACUGGAAUAGCCUCGCGGUGACUCACCCUGGUUAUAUGGCAUUCCUAACCUAUGAUGAGGUGAAAGCCCGGCUUCAGAAAUUCAUUCACAAACCUGGCAGUUACAUUUUCCGGUUGAGCUGCACACGACUUGGUCAGUGGGCCAUUGGCUACGUCACUGCAGAUGGGAACAUCCUUCAGACAAUCCCCCACAACAAACCCCUUUUUCAAGCACUGAUUGAUGGCUUCAGGGAAGGCUUUUAUUUAUUUCCCGACGGCCGGAAUCAGAAUCCUGACUUGACUGGCUUGUGUGAGCCCACACCUCAGGACCACAUUAAAGUUACGCAGGAACAAUAUGAAUUGUAUUGUGAGAUGGGCUCCACGUUCCAGCUGUGUAAAAUAUGUGCUGAAAACGACAAGGAUGUGAAGAUUGAACCGUGCGGCCACCUGAUGUGCACGUCCUGCCUCACUGCGUGGCAGGAAUCAGAAGGCCAGGGCUGCCCUUUUUGCCGCUGUGAAAUCAAAGGCACGGAACCGAUUGUAGUAGACCCGUUUGACCCCAGAGGAGGGGGAGGAUUAUCACGGCAAGGGGCAGAAGGAACUCCCUCGCCCAACUAUGAUGAUGACGACGACGACAGAGCCGAUGAUUCCCUCUUCAUGAUGAAAGAACUCGCCGGUACCAAAGUUGAGCGUCCUCCUUCUCCCUUCUCGGUAGCUCCACAGGCCACCCUCCCUCCCGUGCCGCCACGACUGGAUCUUUUGCAGCAGCGAGUGUCCAACCCAUCUGGGGCUUCCAGCCCUGGGACCUCUUCAAAGGCUGCUCCUGGCACCCUUCACAAAGAUAAGCCUCUGCCAAUCCCACCCACGCUCCGCGACCUGCCGCCGCCGCCGCCUCCGGACAGACCCCACUCCAUCGGGACCGAGGGUCGGCCUCAAAGACGGCCCCUGCCCUGCACGCCAGGGGACUGUCCUUCCAGAGACAAGCCACCCCCCGUGCCCUCCACCCGCCAGGGGGAUCCGUGGCCCUCCCGGCCCAUUCCGAAAGCCCCCUCCGCAGCUCUCAGCCCCGGUGACCACUGGACCGGGAGGGAACUGUCGAACAGGCACUCGCUUCCCUUCUCCUUGCCCUCUCAGAUGGAUUCCAGGGCUGAGAGCCAUCGGCUUGGGAGCACGCUCAGCCUGGACAACCAAGUGAGCUUGAGCAGUGGUCCACCAGCAACCUCCGAGUGUGAGCACCCCAAAAUCAAACCCUCCUCCUCUGCCAACGCUAUCUACUCCUUAGCUGCCAGACCACUGCCCGUACCAAAACUGCCUCCUGGGGAACAGUCUGAAAGCGAUGAAGACACUGAAUACAUGUCACCGUCCUCUCUGCCGGUGGUGCCUCCAGGUCCUGCUGUACAAAAACCAGAGAUCAAAAUGCCUUUGGAAAUGACUCAGAGUUUGCGAGCCCUGGAGUGCGACCAGCAGGCGGACGGCUGCAUGUACGAAGCGAUGUACAACAUUCACUCCCAAGCUGUGUCCUCUGCUUUUGAGACCGUCAACGCUUCUGAUGAAGGGGAUCUGGCUGCAGCCACUGCCAGCAACGGCCCCGAAGAGUCAGAAAACGAAGAAGAUGGCUACGACAUCCCCAAACCACCACUCCCAGUUGCUAUUGCUCGGCGCACGCUGUCUGAUAUCUCCAACGCCACGCCUGCCUUCAGCCGAAUGUCUUUGGAGAACGACCCUGUAACAGGUUUCUCGGAUGGCUCUCAAGUUCCAGAAAGGCCGCCCAAGCCGCUGCCACGGCGAAUAAAUUCCGAGCGAAAAGCCGGGAGCUGCCAGCCGGCUGCAGCCAGCAGCGGGACCGGCGCGUCGCUGCAGCUCUCCAGCGAGAUCGAGAACCUAAUGAACCAAGGCUACUCAUAUCAGGACAUUCAGAAAGCGCUGCUCAUUGCACAUAACAAUAUUGAAAUGGCCAAGAAUAUUCUCCGGGAGUUUGUUUCCAUCUCCUCCCCCGCGCACGUGGCCACAUAGCACAUCACCUCCAACGCCUGCAACUUCUGCGGACCGGCUGCCCGGGCGGCCGCGCACCCAAGGGGAAGGGGGUUCCUUUAGAGACUGCGUGCGGAAUGUCAGCCCUGCCUCUUCCCGAAUCAGUUAUCAGGUUUUUGUGGUUCCAGAUUUCAAAGCGGGUGGGAGGAAACGGAGCGGAGCGGUGUUUUUAUACAGUGUGUGUCUUGGAGUCCUUUCCCCCUACCUCUUGGCCGAGAGAACGGAUUUGUUGCCAGGGUGCCGGUAGAGAGAGGCGCUGCAACGAGGGAUCCCAGGACCCUGGAGGCCGGGGGGAGUGUUUUGUGCUGUGAAUUCAAAGUGAAUGCUCUGAGAAACCGAGUCUCCGGGGUCAGCGUGGUGUGUCCUGUGGUUCAUGGUACGAGGCUUGGACCUGCUCGCUGCUGGGUGCCUGGCUCAGGCUUUUUUCGGAGCAGCCGAGCGGUCGCGUUCCGCUGGGAAUGAACAGGAGACCUUGGGAGAAAUCUUCUGAUUGCUUCCCGUUAGCUGUGGCGUUGCCCUCUCACCUGUAAUAACAGCGUUCGUUGCUCGCCGUUUAGGCCAUCCCUUCUCGCCCGGGGCGAGCGUGCCUGGCUUCCGCAGGGCGCUUCGCUCUGGGCAGUGCUGGGAGUUGGAUUUCUGGCGUACGUGCCCUCUCCCCAGCAGCGUCGCAUUCCAGGGCGCUAGGCGCGCUGCAAGUCCCGCGUGUCUUCGAGGGGUGGGAGAGGGUGGGAGGAAUUCGAGGGAGAGCGAAGAACUGCCUGCUGCUGCUUUUUCUUUUUAGCCUCGA